AUUGAAUAGCAGUGCCUUCAAAUCAAUUGUAAACCGACAUUGGACGCUGCUGGCUAUGACCCACUUGAAGCAACUUGUGCGUCAGCGCCUAGAAGAGGAAGUUUUCACCUUAGUGAAAGGGUCUGCGUGCAGCGUACUUAUAGUUGAUGGAUACACCAUAAGUAUAGUUUCAGCAGUGUUUAGAAUGAGUGAGCUUGUGAGCGUUGGUAUUUCCCUGGUAGAACAGUUGGAAGCCGAGAGAACCUAUUUACCAACGGCAGACGCUGUUUAUAUAUUGAAUCCGUCUAUUCGCACUGCGAAACUUUUAAAGAAGGAAAGUAACGCAAACUUCAAGUCUUUUCAUAUUCUGUUUGUAAGACAUCUUCAGGACAGUGUGUUCCAACAGUUUCAACUUCCAGGUGCAUUUAUUAACAAAGUGAAAACAUUGAAAGAGCUAUAUUUGGACUUUAUUGCUAGAGAGGAUAUGGUCUUUUCGCUUGAGAGACCGAGUGCCUCCAUUCUGCAGAUAUAUAACAAAGGAAGGGAAGCCCGAGAAGAAGAGAUAUCUCUAGUUGCGGACCGCCUGGUGACCUUAUUGUACAGUUUUGGUUUUGAAGAAGUGCAAUAUCGAUACCCGUCAAGUUCUUUUCUUUCUAAAAAACUUAUAUUUGAAACAUCUAAGCGUUUAAAACAAUUGUACGAAUGGGCACCGAAAAAGAAAGUUAUUCCUCCACUUGAGCCAACUGUUUUCGUAUUAGAACGACCGAGCGACUUGGUUUCAGUUCUACUGCACGAAUUCACAUAUCAAUCGAUGUGCUAUGAUCUCGCACCUUUAGAUCGUUCCUCGUGUAAUGGCAGCACUUUUCAAUAUGAGUAUUCUGACGCAGUUGGAAACAAGAAAAAAGGGCAUGGCAUACUCGAAGAUGAUAACGAUCCCUUAUGGAAGAAAACUAGGCACCAACAUAUUGCUGAUGCCAUUAAAGAACUCGACAGUGAAUUGAGAGCAUUUGCAUCGACCAACAAAGCUGCACAGUUACAACAAAGUAAAUGCUAUCAAAGCAGCGCAUCUGAAUCGCAAGAUAGAUCUGUCAUGAUUAAAGAACUGAAUGCUGCUCUCAGGUCGUUUCCAGAAUAUCAAGAAAGGCUUUCAAGGUAUGCGUUACAUCAAGAAUUGAUGUCGACUUGCAUGCGAGAAUAUCAGCGAAGAAACCUACGAAAGAUAGCAGAAGUGGAACAAGAUAUUGCAACAGGUAAAACUAUCAGCGGAGAAAAAGUUAAGCAGAGAGAAUAUGUUACUACAUUAAGUUCAUUACUUGCGGAUUUUUCAUUAGAAGAACGCGAUCGGAUUCGGUUAUUGUUAUUGGUCAAGUAUUUGUCCAGUGAAUUUCGCAGAUUUCUUCUUCCUUAUCAAACCAAUACGUCUUCCUUUUCCAUUUUCGAAAUCGAAAACUUUUUCAAACCGUAUACAACAUCGUCUCGCAAUAUUAUACAAGGUAUUGAUAAGCUCAUGAACUAUUGGUUAUCUCUUCAACUUGAGGAAAGGAAAGAAACAUCUUCAUCAUCAAAAAGUAAGGGUUGGAUAAAAAAGAAACUUGAGAAACGACAGGCUUCAAAAAGAUAUAAAAGAUAUAUUGAUGGGGAAGUCUACGAGCUUUCAAGAUAUUCUCCUCCACUUAAACGUUUGCUCAUUGACUUUAUCGAAGGCUGCCUCAGUCUUGAAGGAUAUCCAAGUAUAAACUCAGCGCAAGCUAGUAAUUCCAACUUGAACGAGACUCAAACAGCGAGACCAAGAGCCGGUUCUGUUCGUCAUCGGCGCGGAUCCUCAACUGGGAUAAAUACGCGUCUGGAGGCCUCAACUGGAGAUUUGACCAAAGAAGCCUUGUCGUGGUCACCCAAAAACUACUCACAACCCUUUCGCAUAAACGCCGGAAGCACAAAGGACGUAUGUGAAACAUUAAGUCAACGAAAAAGUAUUAUCGUCUUUUUUGUUGGCGGUGUGAGUUUCUCAGAAAUACGUGUAGCACAUGAAAUAUCUGCAAAAUUUGAUGUGGAUAUAUACAUAGGAGGAACAUCCUUGCUGGUUCCCGAGGACUUUCUCAAUAUCAUUGCCGCAUAUGAAAAUGAUGAUCUUGCAAUGCGUCUUCUCUACUCUGGUCAAGAAGAGAAUAACGUUCCAAACGAAACUUCCAAACAGGAAGUGGCCGUAGAUCGAGCCUCAAAGAAGGAAUUGCCCAAAGAGAGAACUCCCGAUAAAAAGACAACUUCUGAAUCGAGAGGAAAUAUAUUCAGGUCGGAAAGUAAACCUAAGGAACGCUCUGCUUUAUUGGAUCCUUCAAUUAUGUUUGACAAGUUCCGUUCGUUAUUUAAGGAUAAAUAAAAGCCCUGUAUAUCAUUCUGAAGAAAAGCCUUCUGGGGACC